AUGGGAGACUCUUGUGAAGGUUCAUCUAGGGUUGUUUGCCGGAGGAUGGAUGGUUACUUGCCAGAAAAUACCUCAAAGUUAAGGAAGCCAACUGUUCGGUCUUACAAUCGCUCUAGGGUUCCCAGACUUAAAUGGACAGAUGAACUUCAUCAGUUCUUUGUUAAUGCAGUUCAAAGACUUGGAGGCGAAGAUAGAGCAACUCCAAAGAUGAUCUUGCAGACGAUGAAUGUGAAAGGAUUAUCUGUAUCUCAUAUCAAGAGCCAUCUUCAGAUGUAUAGGAACAUGAAGAACGAGGUGAUUCUACAAGAUGUACCAAAAACAAAAGGACUUGAACGUUACAACUAUCAUGGGGUAUCGGUCAAUAUGGGGCUUGGACCUCAUGAGCAAUACUAUAAGCACAACAGUUUCUCUACAUCGGCCAUGAACAUGAAAAUGGCCGAUGAGCCGUUACUAGCGUUGAACCCCGAGAAAUUGACAAGUAUUGUUUUAGGCCAAAUGGAAUGCUCGAUUUUAAGUCAUUCCCAACAAUUCGUUCAUGCUCCUAAGAGCAAGUUUCAUCACGGAAGCCCCAACAGUUAUCAUGGAACACACGAAGUUGAAAAAGACAAAGUUUAUAAUCAAGUUUCUGAAGCAACUAAUGUAUAUCUAAGCAACAAGGUCAUAUACAAAGACUUUCUAGCUAGUGGUUUCACCUCAAAUUAUAACGAAAAUGAAGAUACGGAGAACUAUGAAGAUGCGAUUGUUGCUUCUUUGUCUAAAUCACCUAGUGUUGAUACAAACUUGACUCUCGGAGGCCCAUAUGCCUCUUGCAAGUGUUAA